AGCGCGCCGCGCGGGAGCCGCCUCGCGUUCCUACUCUUGCCCCGGGCGCUUCGGGCUGGGCAGGUCCGGUGAGAGCGCUGGCUGCAGUUCCCGGGCUGUCGGUCCGCCCAGCUGGAGCCCGCGGGGAGGCCUUGCCGCUGAGCCCAAAAUGUGUGUCGCUUCGUUGAUUCGGGUGACUCUCUGACCGCCUGCUCGGAGCCAGCCGGCGUGCCGUUCCGAAACACAUCUUCAGCUUGAGUGGAUUGGAAAUAUUUCCUCUCUCUCCGUGCGUGUAUACGUGUGCACUCGCGUGUGUCCGUGUCUGAUACUGAAGCAGAGCGGAGUACGUAGCUUCGUGCACGUCACUGCUGUGAUUAGCUUAUUUGGCAUUCGGAACAGUGUGUUGAAGCUGUAGCACAUGCCGUGAGGCGAUGAGGAGGUUUUUGUUACUCUAUGCUACACAGAAAGGACAAGCGAAGGCCAUAGCGGAAGAAAUAUGUGAAAAAGCAUUCGCACAUGGAUUUUCCGCAGAUCUUCACUGUAUUAGUGAGUCAGAUAAGUAUGAUCUGAAAACUGAAACAGCGCCUCUCGUGGUGGUGGUUUCCACCACGGGCACUGGAGACCCGCCCGACACCGCGCGCAAGUUCCUGAAAGCAAUACAGGACAAGGCCCUGCCGGGAGACUUCCUUGCUCACCUGCGCUACGGAUUACUGGGGCUGGGUGAUUCGGAGUACACGUACUUCUGCAACGGCGGGAAGAUCAUUGACAAGCGACUUCAGGAGCUGGGUGCCAGACAUUUCUAUGACACGGGCCAUGCGGAUGACUGUGUGGGUUUAGAACUUGUGGUGGAGCCAUGGGUUGAUGGACUCUGGGCUGCCCUCACGAAGCACUUCACGUCCAGUCGAGGAAAAGCAGAGAGAAUCGGCGCUCUCAGGGUGGCAUUGGAUGCUUCCCAAAGGAUGGAUCCUCUGAAACCAGAAUUACUACACAUUGAAUCACAAGUUGAACUUCUGAGAUUAGGUGAUCCGCGGAGAAGGGAUUCUGAGGCGCGGGGACAGAAUGCAGUGGACGGAGGUCGGUCAGGUGCCCCAGUGGUGGAGUCGGAGUCCAAGUCCUCCUCGCUCACCCGCUCAGAACCGCUGCUCUCACAGGCGGCCCUGAGCAUCCCUGCCGCGCCGCCCGAGUACCUGCACGUGCGCCUGCAGGAGUGUCCGGGCCAGGAGGAAAGCCAAGCAUCUGUGACUUCAGUGGAUCCAAUUUUUCAAGUUCCAAUUUCAAAGGCAGUUCAACUGACUACAAAUGAUGCCGUAAAAACCACUCUUCUGGUGGAAUUGGACAUUUCGAAAACAGAUUUUUCCUAUCAGCCUGGAGAUGCCUUCAAUGUGAUCUGUCCCAACAGUGAUUCUGAGGUACAAAACCUUCUCCAAAGACUGCAGCUCACGGACAGAAGAGAACACUGUGUCCACUUGAAAAUUAAGGAAGACACAAAAAAGAAAGGAGCAGCCUUACCCCCGCACAUACCUGACGGACGUUCUCUCCAGUUCAUUCUGACUUGGUGCCUUGAAAUACGAGCAGUUCCUAAAAAGGCGUUGCUACGAGCCCUCGUGGACCACACCAGCGACGGGCAGGAGAAGCGAAGGCUGCAGGAGCUGUGCAGCCGGGAGGGCGCGGCCGAUUACAACCGUUUCGUGCGGGACGAGCGCGCCGGCCUGCUGGACCUCCUCCUCGCUUUCCCGUCCUGCCGGCCGCCGCUCCGUCUCCUGCUCGAACACCUUCCUAAGCUCCAGCCCAGACCAUAUUCAUGCGCGAGCUCAAACCUGUCGCACCCAGGGAAGCUUCGUUUCAUUUUCAACAUUGUGGAGUUUCUGUCUCACACCACAAAGGAGGUUCUGCGGAAGGGCGUGUGCACAGGCUGGCUGGCCGCGGUGGUCGCACCCGUUCUUCGUCCAGACAUGCGAGUGUCCCGUGCUGAAGGCGGGAAAGCCCCGGCUCCAGAGAUAUCCAUCUCUCCUCGAACAACCAAUUUUUUCCACUUACCGAGUGACUCCUCUGCCCCCGUCAUAAUGGUGGGUCCGGGAACUGGCAUAGCGCCCUUCAUUGGUUUCCUGCAACACAGAGAGAAACUCCAAGAACAACAUCCAGAUGGGCACUUUGGAGCAAUGUGGUUGUUUUUUGGCUGCCGACACAAAGAUAGGGAUUAUUUAUUCAGGGAAGAGCUCAGACGUUUCCACCAGCGUGGAGUCCUAACUCACUUGAAGGUUUCCUUCUCAAGAGAUGCUCCUGUUGGGGAGGAGGAAGCCCCGGUGAAGUACGUGCAGGACAACAUCCGGCUUCACAGCGAGCAGGUGGCGAGGCUCCUUCUUCAUGAGCGCGGCUGCAUUUACGUGUGUGGAGAUGCUAAGAAUAUGGCCAAAGACGUCAGUGACACCCUUGUGGAGAUAAUCAGCAAACAGGCUGGAGUUGAAAAGCUAGAAGCACUGAAAAUGUUGGCUACUUUGAAAGAAGAAAAACGGUAUCUUCAGGACAUUUGGUCAUAAAAUCAAAAAAUAAAGGAAGAGUACGAUGCUUUUUUUGGCUGAACGUAAAAGAAAAAAAGUAAAAGACUGGCUGAAACAGACUUAACAUUUUUAAAAUUAAAAAUGAAAAUUUUUGGAGGAGGUAGAGUGGAGCAGCCACCUUCCCGUGGCAGCAGCCUCCCGUUCGGGUUUUCCUGCAGCGCUGGCUUCAGCCUGGAGGCCGCCUGAGCUGAGGGGUGGCCACCGUGUCCUAGAGAACAUCACAGGUGCUGCCUCCGGGUCACAGGAGAGCGUCUGUCUGCGUGUGAUGAGGCUUCCUGGUGUGGAUAUGGGCACGCGUGCCCAUCGCAUAGAUGGUUACAGCCUCUCAACUUCUGUUGCCAGUUUUUAAAAUAAGGACAAAAUAAUUUAUUUUUUAAUGAACUCUCCCAUAAAGAAUGCCUAUUAAUGUAUUGAAAUGAACUCGGUACAGCGUAUCUGAUUACUUGUUCACCUGGACAGCGCCGGACGUGCGAGGGACAACGGUGUAAAGCCGUACUCGGUCAGCAGAGACCGCCCGCGUUCGAGCUCCAGUUCGAGUCCUGGGCUGCUGGCGACUGAUCACCUCCGCUCUCCUGGCGCUGGGCAGUGGCGCCGGUCUCCAGGGCCAGCAGCCGUCGGCGCCCACGCAACCGUUCUGUCCCGUCCUGCGGCGUUCAGUCAGUAACAUGGGAUCCUUCCCCUUACGUGACUGCGGGCUCCGUAAGGCUCUGAGCACGUGUGAGGAAGGACAGGCCCAGCUGUAGUGUUCGGUGCCUUAAGUGCCUUUUGACCUAACGAGAUUUUCAACUUACCAUGGAUUUAUUGGGAUGUAACUUCACUAUAAGUUAAGGAAGAUCUGUAUAACCUUAUCAAAUGGUUAUUUAUUACCAAAGCUAUAUUUCUGAUAAAAUAUUAAGGUAACGCUUAGAGAUAUUUUUAAAAUGACUUUAGAAAUGUGAAAUAUGAUUUUUAUCACAAUUGAUAAUAUCACAGUUUUAGAAUUUAGGAAAUUUGUACCCUGUGUAUAGGUGCAAGGCAGUACAUAUUUUAGUAAAACUACAAUCCCUCCUACUCUUCCUCUGUGCUCUUUUUGGUAUAUUUUUUUAGUUUUUCUACAUUAAUCCCAUGAUAUAAAAUUGUAUCCUGGGCUUAAAAUGCCUGCUUAAAUUAGUAUCUUUGCAUUUUUAAAAGUUCUACCAUUCUGAAUAUUUAUGUCCCUCCAAAUUCCUACGUUCCAGUCCUAACCUCCAUUACGAUGACCUCAAGAGGUGGGGCCCCUGGGAGGUGCUAAGGUCAUGAGCGGGGAGCCCUCCGGCCUGGGAUCAGGGCCCUGAUGGGAGGCCCCCCAGCGCUCGGGCUCCUUCUGCCCACCCCACCCACAGCCCACUCCUGGACUUCCAGCCUCCAGGACAGAGAGAAAGAAAUCUUUAUUUAUGAGCCGCCACUGGCUGGUGUUUUAUUACAAGCCGCCCAAAUGGACUAUGACAAUUCCUAGUGACAGAUUCUCUUAAAAUUUGUCAGAACAGAAGACAGUGUAAAAGGGUAUGAUUAAUUUUUCUAGGCUCUGGUGUAUAUUGGUUUUUUAUUCAAUAGAUUGGCAUUUCAAAAACAUCUACCUGUCAAAGGUUUCUGGUCAUUUUGAAAAAAUAACAGUGUUAAGAUUUGAUAAAGCUUUAUGGCUGUUUAAUGUCUA